CACAAAAUUUCUUUGAAUAAAAUGCCAUUCAACAACCCUAAUUAUAAUAAACUAAAAACUAAUCUUAGAUUAGCUAUAAACCGUUUGAAACUAUUAGAAAAGAAAAAAACUGAAACUGCCCUUAAAGCUCGACGUGAAAUUGCCGAUUACAUGAAUAUUAAUAAAGUAGAUAGAGCUAAAAUUCGUGUGGAACAUAUUAUUAGAGAAGAUUAUCUCGUGGAAGCUAUGGAAAUCAUUGAAAUGCUUUGUGAUUUGAUACUGGCAAGAUUUGGCUUGAUUCAGCAAAUGAGUACUAUGGACGAAGGUUUGAAAGAAGCCAUAGCCUCUUUAAUAUGGGUGGCUCCUCGUUUGCAAGCAGAUGUGCCAGAAAUCAAGAUAAUCUCAGAUAUAUUAGCCCAAAAAUAUGGGCUCGAUUUCGCAAAAGCGGCCCGCGAGAAUUCUAUACUUUGUGUUAAUGAAAAAUUAUUUCAAAAAAUGUCUAUCCAAGCCCCUCCAAAAAUAUUGGUAGAAAAGUAUUUGAUGGAGAUAGGAAAAAGUCACAAUGUGGCAUACACUCCCGACCCAUUGGUAAUGAAAGAUGAAGAAAUUUAUGAUACAGAAAAGCAAUUACUCGACUUUCUCAACAAUCAACAAGACGGUGAUAUUGUUGGAGAUAAAGUUGGAAGCACGAAGAAAAAUAAGGUGAUCGGAUUUAACUACCCAACACUCAUGCCUACUACCUCUUUGAACCCUAACGUAGAUCCUUCAGCUCCCCGGAACGAAUAUAAUAUUGAAAUGCCUCCUAGCUAUAGCGAAUUUGACGAUGAAAAAAUAGAUCUCAAAAACCCCAACAGCUAUGAUUACCUAAACCUACCCAAUGUCCCUUCAUCUACUGUAUCUACUCCGGCUCAUAAAAAGAAACCCGACUCAAAUAUCGAAAACGAUACCAAAACGGAUUCAAAAACUAGCAUCGACAAUCGAAUAGACACCCCUGAGAUAGAUUUUGACGACCUUAACAGGCGCUUUGAAGAACUUAAGAAGAAGCGAUGAAUACUCUUUAUUUGCAGCAUUUCUCAUUUAUUAAUUAAAAUUUAAAUAAAAUUAAUAUAUUAUUGAUAAUAAAUUUAAUUUCUUAUUA